AUGAAAGUAUAUAAACGGAAUGCUGAGCUGAUCCAGCCGGAUCGUCAGUCACCAGCUAGCAGACCAACGUCGAUCAGUGUGAGUUUGGAUCCCGGCGGAGGCUUUUGGCUUCUAACCCAUGAGGGGCUCUGAAGCUACUUGAGUGACCACUUGGCGGCUAGAUCAACCUUUGUCUUUGAAAAAAAAAAAAUGAAAAAUUAUAACGAUUUUUUUUGAAUUCUGACCCCUAUAGGGUCCACUUGAGCUUUGGGGGCUAAGGGGUCAGAACCUAAACUUCUAUAAAGACCUCCUUAAUGUUACCCCUAUAUGGACUAAUUUUUCGACCCCUAUAGAUGUUGCUUUCCUUCCGAACCACUAUAGGGAUCACUCUGGAAUUUCUGAGUGUUGCCCGACGAUAUAUCUUUUUUUUUGAGAAUACAUGUAGUCGAUUCACGGCUAGCUUGGGACGCAAAAAGGCGUGGCGUGUCUGCGCUCUCCACCAACUAGGCACUGUCUCUUCUCUUUUCGUGCCAGGACCCUUUUUUCGAUGACUCAAGCCAGCCGUGAAUAUAAAACAAUAACGCAUUGAACUAUUUAUUUUCAAUCUUUGUAUAUUUUUAAUUUUUUUCGCAAGGUAUUGUUAAAGUUUGUAACAAUCUUUUUGAAUGAAUCGGUCCUAUUCAGCGGACCAGCCAGUUCUUGAGGCCUUUUAAGAUACUUUCACAGAAAAAUCAAAUAGUAUUGACAAUAACAGAGUUGUUUUUUGUUUCCAAAAAUUAUAUGGGAAUUUUUCAGCAGCGGACGUUGCCUAGAAUGAAGUGGAAACUUAUUGAAGGUUUGUUAUUUUCUUAUUUUUCUGAAUCCAAACUUUUCAUUUCAGGAAGAUUGAAUCUGACGCUUUUGCUUUUGAUAGCAAUGCUAAACGCCGUUUCUGCUGAUCAUAACAGUAAGUUAUUUCUUUUUUUUUCUUCACAUGGUUAUCGGAUUUAUGAGAAAAAUUCGCUCAUUUUUUUUUUCCUUUUCCUGAAUAAUUUUUUUAUUCAUGACUGACGCUUUCAUCAUGAAAGGUAUCGGAAACACGUCGCAUUUUCUUUAAAAAAAAACAGAUUUCGAUGAGUAGAAAAAAAACAUCAAAGUUUUUUUGAAAUUUUUUUUUUUUUUACUUCUUAUUCAAUUUUCGCUACAUUAAUCAACAAAAAAACAUAUAAAUUUCCAGUAUUUUUUUCUCAUUUUUAAAUUCGUUUUCUAAACCUUCAAACAACUAUCAAAAACUUUUAUUAAUUUACGAUGAAUUAAAUAUUUCUAGAAGCGCCUUCCGGUAUCCAAACUGCAGAAGAAUCGGUGCCCGAUGCUCAGAAAGACCGUAAAAUUUCUGAUGUAGAAUUUCGAACAAGGUUUUUUUUAAUCAAGUGAUAAAUUUUUGAAAGAAAUCAUUUUUUCCCUAGAUUUAUUAAAUUCUAAAUUCUCCAAUCUUUUCUUGAUUUUGAUUCGUUUUCAGGGAAUGA